AUUUCGCGAUUUCCCGCCUUUCCCAGGCUGCAGUGUGGAGCUUUCGAACACUGGCCUCAGCGAGCAUAUUCAUGGCCCCGCUCUCUCUCUCUCUCUCUCGCUCUAUGUUACUCUUGAUCCUCUAAUCCUCUCCCAUCACCCUCGCAGUGGAUGGAAACUCUAAACCCUAGCUCGACGAUCCAUUCCUUAACGCCAGAUCCGAAACCCUAGUUCACCAUCAAUACCAUAUUCACCCAUGGCGGACACUGGAACGACAUCCGGCAUCGUCCCUCUCAAUUAUACGGAAAUCGAAACGGCCUGGCACCUAUUCACCAUCCUGAUCCAGCAGGGCAGCCCCGCCCGGCUAACUGAGCUCGCCUUGAGAUCAGCCCUAGGGCCAGUUCUCGUGGAGAUCUCUAGCCGGCUUUUGGGAUCUCCGUUGAAGUUUACUUUCGGCGGCUUCAUUAGCUCAUCCGAUUUGGCAAUCACGGCUUUUGGGGAGUUUGUGAGAAGAGCCGCUACAUGGUAUGUUCCGAGAGACGCGUUUUGGGUUUCGGAUCUGACGAGGGGCAGCUUGAAGGUUUCAUUUACAUACGUUAGGAAGAGAAAAGCUCCGAGUUUGGGCAACGCUGCUGUAUUAUUCUCAAGCUCGAAAAGAAGGACUCUGCUGACUGAUGGGAGAGGUCUGUGCGUGCAUACGGAACGGUCAGGUGAGGUAAAACCUAUGAAGGUUGAAGGGCUGCCAAAGCUUUUGUCACAUUUUAAUGAAAUUCCAGGGAAGGAAAAUUUUGAUUUUGCUAAUCCUUCGGGCAACUACCAGGAUUCAGUUGGCAUGAAUUCGUUUGAUUGUAGUGCCGCUGGAUUAGACCAAACAUGCAAUUCACCCAUGUCCCUCGACAGUUUAAGUUGUUUUGAAUUGAGAAAUUUUAGCUACACCAAAGAAGAAGGCGCCAGGGCAAGUGACCCUUAUAUUACAAAUUCUGUGGCUCCUCAGAAGAAAGUUAUUGACUUUCUAGAUGAUAAUAUUUCUCUUGAUGUUGAACUUGAUGCUAAUAUCAUCAAAGAGCAUCCUUUUAGAAGGUUUACUGCGUUGGAGCCUGAUUUUAGGCCUUUGUCGAAUCAGUCUUCACCAGCCAAUCAAACUCUCAGAAAAGACUGUAAAACUGUUUCUUUUGAGUUUGGGUUCAUUGCUGGCAUUCCUGCAGAGCUCAAUGCCCCGGUGGACCAAGUGCUGGAUCAGAAUCCUCAAACUCAAAGCGUUUCCUCUCCUUUGGCAUGCAAUAACCAAAUUGUUGUUGAAGCUAUCAAUGAGAUAAAGUUGCAUCCCAUGGAUGAGAAAAUAAUUAAUUGUCAGUUAGAGAUAAAUGAAACACCGGCUUCUAAAUCAGCAUAUUUUCAAGGGAAGGAAAUGUCAAUGUUGACCUUUGAACUUGGUGAUUGUGACGGAAAUUCUGCAGUAAUAGCCGAAGACAAACGGAGAACUUUUAACGAACCUAGCAUAAAAGAUCAAGUUGCUUCAGUUGGCAAGCAAAAUUUAAUCGGGCCGAACAUUGCAAGCAAUUGCAUGUCUUCUACAAAUCAGAAAAAUAGUACUUUUGAGGUUGGUUUAAUUGUCAAGCAGAAGCUAAAAAAUGUUUGCAGUGCUAAUAUGCCUUCUAAAGAAAAUAGGGUGUAUGCUUUUACUAAGGUUACUAAGAACUCUUCAGAUCAGAAGUUGUCGCCAAAUUUUGAAUCAUUUAUCAUACAGGAAGAAGAGGGUUCAGGUGGCUAUGGCACUGUGUACAAGGCUCAAAGAAAAGAGGAUGGGAAAAUAUUUGCUGUUAAAUGUCCUCAUGCGAAUGCUCAUUCACAUCAUAUCUACAAUGAGCUGAAGAUGUUGGAACGAUUUGGAGGACGCAACUUUGUAAUUAAAUUUGAAUGCUCUUUUAAGAAUGGAGAUUCAGAGUGUUUCGUUCUAGAACAUGUUGAGCAUGACCGACCAGAGAUUUUGAAGAAAGAGAUUGGUAUGUUUGAGCUCCAAUGGUAUGGUUUUUGUAUGUUCAAAGCACUGGCAAGCUUGCAUAAGCAGGGUGUUGUGCACCGUGAUGUCAAACCAGGAAACUUCCUCUUUUCCCGCAAAGUCAACAAAGGUUAUCUUAUUGACUUCAAUUUAGCUAGUGACCUGAAUCAGAAGUUUUGGAGAAGCAGCGAACGGAAGAUGCCCAGCGCUAGUGUGAAUCCAAAAUCACUUCCAGAGUCAAAGUCAACGCCAGUUACCCUUUCUAGGAAACCUAUGAACCGCGGUAUUUUGGAGAAUCCUAAGAAAGCAACAGCUAAUGAAUCCAAUAAUGUUCUAACAUCCAAGAGCUCAAAUAAGAAAGAUCACAAAGGUGAUACAGGCGGUUUUUCCAUUUUUGACAGAAAUAAGCAUGGAAGCCAAAUUGCUGAUGGUUCAGGUGUGACAUCCACGAAGGAUCAAACGAGCACCAAGACUCCUGUGGAUUGGUUGAAGCAGCCAAUUCCUAGCAAAGGAAGGAAAGAGCUUAUCAAUUUUGUACAUAAGGCCAUGCACAGUCCCCAAAAUUUGAAGCCUGUUUCAAAUGGUCCUUCUUCCCAGAGGAAAAGAGUAGCUGCUCCAAUGACUAAAACUGAUACAAGGCUUGUAAUUCUUACUCCCAUGCCGUUGCAUUCUGGUGGUAAUGCCGUUCCGGGUGCUGGCAUGUUAAAAAGCAAAGCUAGUGGGAAGGUCAAGAGAGAGGGUCCUUGUGUUGGAACCAAGGGUUUUCGAGCUCCAGAGGUAUUAUUCAAGUCUUUCUACCAAGGUUGCAAGAUUGAUAUAUGGUCUGCUGGUGUCACAUUGCUCUAUCUCAUGCUAGGGAGGGCUCCAUUUGGUGGUGAUCCUGAGCAAAACAUAAAGGAAAUUGCAAAGCUGAGGGGCAGUGAGGAUUUAUGGGAAGUUGCUAAACUACACAAUUGCGAGUCUUCUUUUCCUGUGGAUCUGCUGGAGGUCGGAUCACUGAAAUCGAUGAAACUGAGUGAUUGGUGUGCUAAGAACACCAGGAGACCCGAAUUCCUUGAGCUCAUACCUGAAUCACUCUUUGAUCUAGUUGACAAAUGUCUCACUGUAAAUCCACGGUGCAGAUUCUCUGCGGAGGAGGCUCUGAUGCACAAGUUCUUUGCUCCCUGCCAUGAGAGCAUUAGAAAGCUGAGGCUGCUGAGAAAAGUAGCUACCUCAGAUCCUUCAAGCAGCGGCAGCAACUGAGAAGCUUGGAGAAUCUCUCUUCAUCACCAUUCUGCUGUGUUAUUCCAGUGUUCCAGCGGCCCAAGAGGUCCCGCGUCGAGAACACAAAAUGGGAUCACUGUAGUUUACCGGAUCUUCACUGUAAUUUAAAUUUCGACUUCAACGGCUAGUCAUGGAGCUGAGGUAAGUUUUAGAUUCAUUUGGUGAGUUCAUGUAAAUUUAAAAUUGCAUGGUGCUUCUGUACCAUGAAAUUGAAUUAACUGAUUUAGAUUGUUUAGUUGAGAUCUCAUGAUAAAUUCAUGUUUAAAUAGAUAUUGACACUUGUCUUCAGUUUAUUUAGCUUUUUUUUA